CCUUCUCUCCACGUUCAUCGUCGAUCAUCGAAGGGAAGAAUAUUCUUAUUCAUAGCAAUGUCUGGUCCACAGUGCUGCGCGAACCCGCCGAACCUUGAUCCGAGCAGCGGAGCGGGACGCGUUGAGCAACUGGGUGGCCUCGACGCCUAUGUGGUCGGCUCGCAAGACUCCAAGCUCGCGAUCCUCCUGCUGUCCGACGUCUUCGGGUAUGAAGCUCCGAAUUUGAGGAAACUUGCGGACAAAGUUGCCGCUGCUGGUUUCUAUGUGGUUGUUCCUGACUAUUUCUGUGGAGAUCCCUUUGCACCUGAGAAUCAUGAGAGGCCUUUCAUGGCUUGGAUAAAAGACCAUGGAACUGACAAGGGAUUCGAAGAUACAAAACCAGUUAUUCAAGCUCUUAAAAGUAAAGGCAUAUCUACAAUAGGAGCGGCAGGCUUCUGCUGGGGUGGUAAGGUUGCGGUUGAGUUAGCCAAGUGUGAGCUCGUCCAAGCUGCUGUGCUGUUACACCCUUCAUUUGUCACUCUUGAUGAUAUCAAAGGUGUCAAGGUUCCUAUUGCUGUGCUAGGAGCUGAGAUUGAUCAGAUGUCUACACCUGAACUCCUCAAACAGUUUGAAGAGGUGCUCUCUGCUAAGUCCGAGAUUGAUGCAUUCGUGAAGAUCUUUCCCAAAGUUUCUCAUGGAUGGACGGUGAGAUACAAGGUCGAAGACGAAGCUGCUGUGAAAUCUGCGGAGGAGGCUCAUUCGGACAUGAUACAAUGGUUUGUGAAGUUUGUCAAGGAAGAAACCACGUUGCACCUGUAGUAAACUGGAAGUAGGAUGUGAUUAUCUAGCAUGAUACGCAAGUUGUCGAGUACUUUAUUUCUCCGGUCUCGGUUUGUCUAUAUUUUAUGUGGUGUGAUGGGUAAGAGCAAUAAAGAAUAAUGUGGAAUAAGUAUACUAGAAGUGGCAAAAGUUA